GUUAACACUGCCAGAGGUGCCCGGAGAAUACUUGGUGACGGCAUCAGGAGCUGGAACCGCCUUCAUGCAGGUCAUCCAGCGUUACCAUUCCCCCCCAGAAGUAAAGGACGCUGCAUUUUCCUUAUCGGUACAACCCCAAUGUUUGGAAGAUGGAAAACUGGCGAUCUUAUUGGAAUUCUGGUAUACAGGAAGUCGUAGUGGGGAAUACCAACAUGGUGCUUCUGGAGGGGUCCAGUCGUUGUCUGGCUUUGUUUCCCUGCCAGAGUCCAUAGAAGAGAUAAAGAAAGACUCGGAUGUGAAGCGGGUGGAAGUCAAG